AUGCACAAGGCGCUGGCUGUGGCGAUGACGCCGCCCACCCCCGAGCUUGACGUGUUCAAAGACGCGGCGCCUUUCCCGACCAAUCUUCCAACCGACUUGCUCCUGCGCGCUGCCGUCCGCCUCUCCAACGCGAUCGCCGCGCGCGAGGCGCAAGUUCUCCGCGACCAAGUUGACUCGCCGAUCUCCCCCCUUACCGCCUCGAGCCCUGAUGAAUCCGCCGCCACAUGCGACUCACCUCCCGCUCUCGACGAGAUCUCAGCGGCACUCAAUGGCCUCCUUCUCGCAGCCGACAACCUCCGCAUCGCGCCCGACUUCACGGACGGCACGGACUCUUCCGACGUCGAUGUGCCAGGAGUCGACAAUGUCGAAGCCGCACGAUCGGACUCGUCGUACUCGGAUGGCGAGGUCAAUGCUGCGGCCGACAGCGCAAACAACGCGCCUAAUCGCAAGCGCAAGCGCAAACGAAAGCCUCGCAAAAAGGCGAAGGCGAACGGCGGCAAGACCAGCGCCCACAACAAUGGGCACGACGGCCAGCCAAAUGGCAAAAAGGCUGACCAGGCCAAAAAACACCGCAAAAAGCGGCAGCAAGACCGCGCCGACGCCACUGACACCCCUCCCUACGAGCGCCAGCAUUCAAAACACUUCUACAAGUCUCAUCACGGCCUACGUCUCCUCAACCUCAGGACGAUCGAGGUGAAGUAUGUGACGGGCCCGGGCGGAUACGUUGGGAAGAAGAAGUUCGGGCGAAAGGUCUACACAGUCGCGCAACUGAAAGCUAUGGGGUUCAAAGAGCUUGAUUGGGAUGGAGAGUGA